AUGGGCAGCAGUACCACAUCUGACAAGACAAUCAAUACAAGCACAGACUCUGCAGCCACAGCGCUUACCUCAAUUACAGGCACAGACGACUCCAUGGACGCUGAGCCCGAUCCCCCUGAACCAUCUGAGCCUAAUCUCAUGGAUGAUCCUAAUAUCCCCCAUAAUCCCCCUUCGACAGCCCCACCCCAUUACCACAGACCUCAAAACAGUUCUGAUAUUGAAUCACCAGCUUACACAAAACCACAAUCAGCGACUGAUGUUUUAGACUCGCCGAGGCCGGGACCAGCAAGAUUCGUUUUCGAUGUUCCUCUCCCAGAUCCAAUGUCUCAAACCAGAAGACAGGACAAGCCGAGGAAUAGGACACACGUUAGCCAAACGACAGUAGCAUCUUCAUCUAUUCAAAUUCCGUACGAUCCUAAGAUGGAUCCACCAAAAAGUCCAAAAGCCAAUCAAAUAAAAUAUGAGACGCAUUUCAAAUUUGAACCUGAGACAACAAAGAGGAGAGUGAGUGAGCCAAGAGUAAAGAAUAAGCAAAAAGAGAAGGAGUACUAUAAAGAUGAGGUCGCAAAACUGAGAAGGCAGUUGGAAGGAACUGAAGUUUUUACGACGUCAAGAAGGCGAUCGUCCGCUCAUCAGCACUCUGUCCCACCUGUUUCUUCGAGAAGACAGAGCACAGCGGCGCAAGUCCACGUGACAGCGAACCCGUUGGACUCCGCAGCCAGCACCAUUCCAUCUGGUCGCACCACCAUCGUAGUUCAACAACCCUCACUAUCCUUGGACUACGGAGGUUGUGCCACCAUCCUGGUUAGAGAUGAUGAAAGACGCAAAUCCAGGAUCUGCAGUGAUCAUAUACAGCAGUUACUAGAUGUGACAAGCCAGUUCACGUCUGAAGACCUUCACGAGUUUGAUAAACGGUACGGCAGCCCCCACCACUCCAGGUCUCAAUCAGUCAAAGCGGGUCGCUCCCGUACCGGUGAAAGGCAGCUACUAGGGCUACCACAACAGCGCGCCAGGGUGGCGUCCAUGCCCAACACUGGCGUCGAGGAGGAGUACUACCGGCUCAGACACUUCAGUAUUACUGGUAAAGGUGUGGUGAACCGUGGUGACUCGCUUAGGUCAAGACGCUCUCGAUCCAACACCUCAGUGGCCUCCAGCGCGUCCAGCACAGAAGCCGUUACGAGGGCAUCUGCGCCGUGCUCGUUAGCCUCAUCAAGGGAUUCUUCAGCUGGGCUUAGCUCAUACCGGGUGUUGGUGCUGGGUGCACCUGGCGUCGGCAAGUCCAGUCUGGUCGGUCAGUUCAUGACCUCGGAGUAUCUCCAUGCUUAUGACACCAGUAUUGAUGACGAGUCAGGCGAGCGGUCGGUAUGCGUGCUGUUGGCUGGCGAGGAAUCGGAAAUCACUUUCUUAGAUUCUCCACCAGAUCAUGUAAUUUCUGAAGGCUGCGCACAUGGUUACUGCGUGGUCUACUCAACAGCAGACCGAGUCAGCUUUGCGGAUGCGGAGAAAAGACUUCAAAGUCUCUGGGCAGCUGGCCAUACAUCCAGACGAGCUGUCAUCCUGGUCGGCAAUAAAGCUGAUCUUGCAAGAUCAAGAGCUGUUCCUACAGAUGAGGGCAAGAAUUUGGCUACAUCGUACGAGUGCAAGUUUAUCGAGACUUCGGUGGGCAUCAACCACAAUGUAGACGAACUGCUGGUCGGACUGCUCACACAGAUAAGACUUAAACAACAGCACGCUGAGAGAGUCAGAAAACGCAGUGGGUCGCGUAAAAAUCGUAGUCGUGCGCGCUCACCGCUCGAGAGUGAGGCACCACCUACGAUACCUGCGCCACCCUGCGUCUCCGCCGCUAGCACGCCCCGUAAGAGGACCAGACUUUCUGCCAGCGUUAAGGUUCGCGGUCUACUAGGACGUGUGUGGGCUCGUGACUCCAAGUCAAAAUCGUGCGAGAAUCUGCACGUGCUCUAG